AUGAAUAGUAAGGAGAAGAGGAAGAAAAGGAAGAAGGAGAGGAAAUAUGGAGAGGCUCAGACCGCUCUUGAGGAACAUGCUGCCGAAGAGCCUGCGGUCGAAGAAUCCGCUGCCGAAGAACCUGCUGCUGAAGAGUCCGCUGCUGAAUUUGGCACACUGAAUUACGUCCGCAUUCAAGUAUCUGCGAAGCAUUUAAUGUUUGCCUCCUCGAUUUUCAAGAAAUUAUUGACUGGGGGUUGGAAAGAAAGCAUUACUUACUUGCAGAAGGGCUCAGUGGAAAUCACUGCAGAAAGCUGGGAUACUGAAGCAUUUUUGAUUUUACUCCGUGCCAUUCAUGGUCAAUACUACUAUAUACCGCGGAAGCUGACUCUCGCCAAGGUUUCUGUGAUAGCAGACUACUAUGAAUGCAAGACGGCUUUAUAUAUCAUGAAAGAUAUUUGGAUCGAUAAUAUGGAGGAGAACAUAGCUCCGACAGUUUCUCGAGAUUUGAUUCCAUGGCUAUGGAAUACCUAG